AUGUCGUACAACCAAUAUGGAGGCAAUCCAUAUGGCGCACCGCCUGGAUAUGGAGGCUAUGGUAAUCAGCCUCCUGGCAUGAGUGCCCCCCCGGGUCUUGGCGCUCCCCCUCCCGGUGUGCCAGCCCGCCCAGGCAUGCCACCGGGCAUGCAGCAAGCCAAUGCACCACCAGCAUCCUUCCAGCCUCCCAACCUACCCAACAUUAACUUCAACGCACCUGUGAUCCGACUCGGCACGACAGGACCGGCGGGCGGCAACGACCGAGGCGACGGUCCCAGACAAGGCGGCCGCCCAGGGCUCGGCAUGGACAGAGGGCAGGACCAAGGACGAUCGUCGAAUCGCGAGAUAACACAGGUUUUAAUCCCACCAACGGCAGAAGAAAAGCUGCGGACGAUGUUCAUACACGAGAUUCCGGAUGGCGUGGGCGGCGAUGGCAUUCAAAAAAUCCUCAGCGCCGUGGGACGACUAAGAAGAUGGGAGGCGCUAGAUAGUGUGACAGACGACCACAAAGGCGCCAAAUUUGGCUUUGCGCUGUUUGAAGAUGUCGAGUCGCUGCACAACGCCGCCCGUUUACUGGUUGAGGAGCAGGUUGAAGUGCCCAAGAAGAAACAGCCGAUCGCGACGGAACAGCCAAAGGACGACACAUUUGAAGACAUUGAGAAGGUCAAUCUACAAACUUCACUGGACGCCAGCACGAUUAACUAUCUGGAGGCGUUCCGCAGGGAGGAAGAGGAAGCCGAUGCUGGUGAGGCGCACGCCCGCGCCCAGCUUAAGCAGGCGUUGAGAGACCUGUUCUACCCAUUAUCGGCCUCCGUAUCUAAAAGCGUGGACACCAUGAUGGCGAAUGUCGGGAAUGGAGAGGCAGUAGAGGUUGUCAAUAUUGGCAUGGCACAGGAGGACGAGCUGUCUGAUAUUCCUGCUGAGAUCCGUGAGGUUGUGCUCAAGGAGAUUGCCGCUUUCCGCGAGCGCAGCACCCAGCACGACCUGGAGCGGCUGCGCGGCGAGGAAGAGUUUGAAGAGCAAGAAAGACGGCGCAUGGGAGCAUCUCGACCUGUGGCGCACGAUGGCUCAAAUGGCACCCCUCUUGGCCCUCGCGGCGCGCCAUCCGGCCCCAGAGGGCACAAUGGAAGCAACGGCACCUCGUUUGUCAACGGCGGUGUGGAGAAUGGCGGCAUCAGCUACCGCGACGACGAUACGGACGCCAGCGACGAAGAGCUCCAGCGCCGGCGCCUACACGAGGAAAAGACCGAGGCAAACAAGCUCUACAAGGAAGCGGAGCGCAAGUGGGCGAACCGCGAGCGCUCACGGCAAGCCGCGCUGGAGCGCGAACGCAACCGCGAAAGGGACGGCGAAGCCGCGCAGCAAAAACGCGCACAGGCCAGCAUCGCACACGAUAAGGAGUGGGACGACGAGCGGGAGAAGAGUCACAAGUCACAUCCUUACUAUAGAGACCACGCGGCCUGGGUGCGCAAGCGCGCAAUGGACCGUGCCGACGAGGAGGCCAAGGAUGAGGCCGAUCGUCGCCAGGAAGGAGACGAGCAGCACCGCGCGCAGGCCCAGAUGGAGCGCGCCCGUGGUAUGGCCGACUCUUUCCUGGACAAGCAGGCCGAGGAGUCGGAUCGCCGCGAGACCGAAGCGACGGCUGCCGCCGCCGCCACCGCCGCCGCGCCGCAGCCGUUCAAGCUGUCCCUGGGCGCGGCCGCGCAAAAGGCGCAGGCCUCGCGCGGUGCCACCCAGCGCCGCACCGUGGCCGAGGUGGAGGGCCUGCUGGACGACGAGGAGGAGCAGGCCGGCACGCGCCGCCAGCUCAUCCCCAUCGAGUACGAUGCGAGCACCACCGGCCGCGGGAGCGCCGCCGACAGCGGCCUGACGGACGAGGAGAUUUCGCAGGCGGUGCGGGCGCUCGCGCAGGAGAUUCCCUCGGACAAGGCAGGCCUGUGGCGGUGGGCGGUGCAGUGGGAGUACAUGGACGACGGCGUCAUUGCCGACAAGCUCAAGCCGUUUGUGGAGCGCAAGAUUGUGGAAUACCUGGGCGUGCGCGAGGAGAUGCUGGUGGACACGGUCGAGGAGCAUCUGCGGAAGCACGGAACGGCGGCCGCGCUGGCCGAGGAGUUGGAGGGUGCACUAGACGACGAGGCCGAGGACCUGGUCAAGAAAUUGUGGCGCAUGGUGAUCUUCUUUACCGAAUCGGAAAAGAGGGGCCUCCCGGCGUAA